UGUGUGAAGAGGAAAUAUUACUUGACUAUGUGUGUUUGAGUAUUUACAGCAUCAAGCUGAUUUAAGCUUUGGAAAUGUUGGACUAAGUGCGUAGUGGUAUUUAUGUGAAGAGGAAAUCAUUUUAAGGGGCACUUUGCAAUAUUAUAUUACUUAAGAAAAUGUUAUAAGCUUUUAUUAAAGGCUUAGUAAACAAGUCAUUUUUUGUCAGAUUCUGAGUGAUGCUUAUACACAUGUUUUAGAACGAAGGAAGAAAAUAAUAACAAACAUUUGAACAUUGUAUCCUAUUUGGUAUUGUCUGGUAUGAUUUAUACUGAUAUGCUAAUUGAUGCUAAUAAAAUACAUUAAGAUUAAUUAAUGUGAAGUAAUACGCUGGUGCAAAUAUAGGUAUGGAAUGAAUAUAAAACAUUCAAUCACUCUCACCAUAUACUUAAAUGACUUUAAUUGUUAUUUGUGUUUGACUUUAGAUUGUAAGGAAAAAAAUUGCCACAGUUUUUGCCCAGUUUGACAUUAUGUGCGAAAAAUUUUGUUUUGCCAUGACAAGCAGUUUUUAAACAAGAGAAUGUCUUAGUGCAUAAGAAACAUUAUAUUUUAAUGUGUUAAAGUUAUGCUGAUGAAUGGGAAAUCACAUGAAUUUAAUAUUUACUUUUAUUGUGGACAUUAAUUAGCUUGAAAAGAAAGACUAAUGCUUUGUAUGUGACUAUUAAAGAGUGUUUCUCUUUGAAAACAAGUCUUAAUGUGAAAUGGCUCAUUUUUAAAUCUUGAAUAGGAAAGUGGAGUGAUUUUUUUCCUUGGAAAGUUAUUGAGCAAUUGGAAUGUUGAGUUCAAGUGGAAGAAAGAAUUCUAUGUGGUAAGGAAAGAUUGAACUAUAUCUACAACUAACUUAACUUACUAGUGCAAGAAGGAUGUAAAGUUGUACCAAAAAAAAUUGUAUGAGGAUAAUAUUACAUGUAAUUUCACAAUUUCAGUAGUUUACUCAGAACUACUUCAAAAGAAGAAUCUGUUUCUAUGGUAAUCAUACGGAUAAUUAGUUAGAUCUCAUGCACAGCUGUUUUCUGUAUUUACUACCUCAAGUUAUGCAUCCUUUGUAACCAGUAGCAGAAAAUUUGCCUACCUUGAAACAAAUUUGAACUAAACUCAUUGAGUGAGUGUUCAAUUCCUUCAAAUUUUCUGGGGAGUUGAAAUUAUUGGUAUCAAAAUAGUUAUAGGCUUAUCAGCAGAUAAAGUUUGAAUAUGAUUGUGGAUGCUUGCCUCGAUAUUCGGGGAGGAUGGUAGCAUUGAGUUUUGGCACCAUUAUGGUUGGAAGUGUCAGUGAAGCACUUUGAAGGUUUUUGAAGUGUUUGAGUUUCGAAAUUGGAAUUAUGGUGAAUGUACCUCAGUGAUAACCCAGUUGCUUCGAAAAGAUAGAUAUUGGGAUCUAGGUUAAGUUACCUUAGGUGUAAGAAUUAAACAAAUCUUGAAAUAGCCUUUUUUGAAAGAGAAAAAAAAUGGAAAAUUACAAGAAGCCUAGUGUCAAAAGUCCAAGUACUGAGUUUUCGGAUGAGUUCGUGGAUAUUGUGAAUGAAAUCAAUGACUUUAUAUCAGUAUUGGAGGUCAGGCAGAAAGAACUUGCUGCGGGGACGCCAAGGUCCGAGCCCCAGGGCUCGCCUCGCCAGGGGAGCUUAGAAAGGUUAUCUGCCCUGGAGUUGUAUAAGUCUGACUCGGGGGCGGAUUAUUUGAGUGACUCCAGGACUGAGUCAAGCUGGGGUGGGGACUCGAGGACCAACUCAAAGUCACUCGAUUUCAGGAGUGAUUCACAAAGUAACUCGAGAGCAAGUUCUUUUUCAGAUUACGGGAAGACACUAGAGGAUUCACCGAACGUUGUCGAGAACCACUAUGAACCGAUAGCGAACAUCUUCCCGUCUAGGGUGACAGCAACAGCAACUGCAACAGCCUCAAUAGUCGGGACUGCCACCCCACCCCCUGCGGUCUCCACGCCCCCUCUGGUGCGCCCUGAUCCCCCGCCAAAACCCCCCGGGCUGCUCAAGAUGGGGGAUUCUGGCCAGGCACCCCGACGAGUGAAGGCGCUCUAUAACUUCAAGGGUGCAAAUAAUGAUGAGCUGUGUUACUUGAAAGGGGACAUAAUAACAGUUACCCAGGCGAUAGAAGGAGGCUGGUGGGAAGGGACGUUAAAUGGGAAAACUGGCUGGUUUCCUAGCAACUACGUCCGCGAGUUUAAACAAGAACUGACAGGAAGUCUUAAAGGAGGGCCAGGUGCAAUAGUGACUGUGGAUAAGACGCAGGAGGUGCCCAAACACUACAGGGAAAGCAUGCAAUACUACCAUAACGUUGUUCUGAAGAAUGUGAUAGACACAGAGCGUGCCCAUGUGGCGGAGAUGACCUCUGUCCUCCAGAACUACAUCCGACCAAUCAGUAACAAUGACAUCAUGAGUUGCCAUGAGAUCACCGAGUUGACGGGUAACCUCGAGGAUAUCAUCACAUUCCAACAAAACUUCCUCAUCUCGUUAGAGGAGUGCUCAAAACAUCCUGAUGACCAGCGGAGAGUGGGUGGGGUAUUCAUGAGGCAUGCCCCAAAUUUAAAGGAGCUUUACACACGAUACUGUGCUAACCACCCCCGGGCUGUGGCAAUACUGCAGAAAAACACUGAAGAGUUGAACAAGUCCAUGGAGAAAUUGGGAGCCACGCCCCCUGGUUCCAACACCCUGGCAACCAUGCUCUCCAAGCCCUUUAUCCGGCUGGAUCGCUACCCCUCGUUGCUGAAAGAACUGGAGAGACACAUAGAGGAGAGCCAUGUUGAUCGUGGUGACACCCAGAGAGCUAUAGCGGUUUACAGGGACAUAGCGAACCACUGUCAUGAGGUGCGGCGGUUGAAGCAGAUGGAACAUGAGAUCAUCUCCAGCACCAUCAAGGCCUGGGAGGGGGAGGAGAUCGUCGCGCUAGGUGAAGUCAAACAUCUGUCUCAAGUCAAGGUGGAAACAAGUUCGGGAGAGAAGCAUGAUCGAAUAUUCCUGCUGUUUCCUAACGUGCUACUCAUGCUGUCUAUCAGUCCACGGCUUAGUGGAUACACCUACGAGGGCAAGUUACCUCUGAGUGGUAUGGUGGUCAGCCCAUGCGAGGAGGAAGACUCAGACGUGCACCAGUUUGAAAUAUCAGGGAGCAUGAUAGAGCGAAUGAUGGUCACAUGCGGUACAAAGACUGAGGUAAACGCCUGGCUGGAAGCUCUCAAGAACAAUGUUGUCACCAAUCAGACCCAGUCUAAACCUGUCAGUGUUCAGGUGUCAACUUCUCAGCCCAGCAUAAGCACUCUUACACCGGCCAAAACAGCCAAAGUGAGCGUAACGCAUACCCUUUCCUCCACAUUUACCAUGAGCAAGACUUGGUCAAUGUCAUGUCUACGCCCUUCCCCACCUCUCCGACCACCAAUAGCCUACCGGGAGGACGGGAUGAGGAGCCCUAGGGCAGGAAGAAAGCUUGGGCGCAGAAAACCUGAGCGGACUCAGUCUCAAGACGAGUAUGAUAAACGAUUCAAGAAAUAUGACCCAAGAGUGAACUCAGAGGAUGCUUUGAUUCUGAAGGUGAUAGAAGCUUACUGCACAAGCGCCAAGACACGGCACACAGUCAACUCAUUAAAAUCACCAGAAAUAAUAGUGGAAAAUUCCGAUGAGCCGAAAAAUGGGAAAGCCAUCCUGUACAGUCCAAAUGUGAUUCUACCUCACGAAGAGAAAAUUAUUGUCGACGAUGGUACAGGCAAUGAUAUGCUGCAGGAAAAAAAAAUACCCUUACGAAGGGUUGAGGAAAGAAUAAAUGUACCAGAUUCAGAAAGUAAACAAAAACCUUGGGCAGGGUCUCUGGUUGAUACUGUGUACUCAUUAAGGGACCAAGUAAAAGCGUUAGAAAUGGAUCACAAGAAAAUGCGCAAAGAUUUGGAAGAAGAAGCUAAAUCAAGAAAAUCUCUGGAAAACCUUAUAAAGAAAAUGAUGAAAAAUCAACAGACAAUAAUUGUAAAUAAAGAUAAAGAAAUUGAGGAUUCACAGACUUGAUAGUAUUGUUAACGUGGCAGCCUCUAGUCUCAUAAUAUUGUAUAUAGACUUUAUAAUUAUGUUACAAUUAUAAAUUUUGUAGUAUACAGAAGUAUAAAUUAUGUUGAAAGAGUGUAAAUUAUGUGGUAGAGAAGUAUUGAUUAUAUGGUUGAGAAGUAUGGAUUAUUUGGAAGAAACAGAUUAAAUCAUGUGGAAAGAAAUUUAAAUUCUUGAUGAAAAGUAUAUUAGGUCAGAUGGAUAAGAGGUAAACAUUAUUUGGUAGAGAAGUAUGGAUUAUAUGGAUGAAAAGUAUAACAUAAUGUGGAUGUUAGAGAAUAGUUUAACCAUGUGGAGGGAAAACAAAUAGCAAAUAGGUAGACUUGGUUGUGACUAAUAUUUGUUAUAACACCGGGAACAGUAACCAAGUUAAAUGUUGGAUCAUUGCAUUUAAAUAUCUCUGUCAAACUUGAGCAUGUUGGUUCUACUUAUGAUCAACUUGACUGUUAAUAGUGAAAAAAUAAUGUCGUAACAUCAGAAAAAAGCUGGCCUGGUGACCUCAUGUCAAAGAAAGGCACAACUUACAAUUUGGUUUAAUAAUUUGACAAAAAUUUGUUAGUUAAAAUGAUUUUGUUAGAAAAGAAUGUAUCAAUGGUUUUUAUAUUUAAAAGUCUUCCAUGUAUACUUGUAGCCAGUAAUAGUAUUCACGAUUCAAUUAAAGAAAAAAUGAUCUUGUUUGGGCAGGCAGCUAUCCAAAUGAACAUGCCCAAAUCACUUGCCGUGACAAUUUGAAAAUAUGAUUAUGACAUUUAUCCAAAAUUGUUUUAACAAGAUCCUAUGCAUCUAUAUGUUGCAGCUGUUUGAUAUUUGUCGAGAGAAAAAAUUGUUCAAUGAUGUUGGCAGAAACAUUUCUAUUGUUUAAUAUAAGAAAAGUAAAUUUGCAUUAAUUAAGGUACAAUGCUUUAACAUCUUAAUGACUUUCUCAUUUUGGUCAGGUUUAAUUUGACUUGCCCAUGUUGGGCAGGUUUACCUUUUCUUACCCAUUUCUUACCCAUUUCGGGCAGGUUUAUUUUGACUUGGCAAUUUUGGGCAAACUGACUAUAAUUUUAACUUGCCCUUUGGUACUGUACACAUCCAAGGCCUCAAGCAAGUUAUUUUUCAAAUACUGGAGUAAUUCAUUUCUUUUUUAUGUUAACCAAUAGUCCUAUAAAUUAAUCUUAGUUUUGGAUUAUACGUAAAAACAUUAACUUACAAAUGUUUGACAAUGUUCUUAAAUUUUAUCACUAACCGUCUUGUUAAUAUAUUACUAAAAAAUAUCUGGGUAGAAUAGCUUUAUUAAUAAUCAUCUAAAAUUGAGUGAAUUACAUGUUAUACGUUAAAGUUAAAAUUACUAUCAGAAAUAAUUGUAACAUUAUAUUUGUUUGUGUGUGUAAACUGACGGUCUUUUGUCAAACAAUACUUAUGUUCAUAUAUUUAAAGGAAAAAAUCCAAUUGGAUUUAAGGCGAAACAGCUUUCUUGUUUCCAAGUAUAGUUUUAACAUUUUGCAGAUUGUUCAGAACUCUGUUAAAGUUAACUAUGUUGUUAACUUCAUCGUUGUUUACUUUAAAAUCAAAAGUGCUCUUGACCUUUAAUCGAUAAUGUGAUCUGCUUUACAAGAUUUAAGACAAUGGUCUUAGCUGUACAUUUUUAAGGUUAAAAAUGUAAGCACAUCAUCAAAUACCCCUCGUAUAAAAGUUAACAAUGAUGUUGUCGAUCAUAUUGGUAACUUAAAGAAAGUUCUGAAAAACCAGCCCAAUGUUUAUGUUGAUCUAUGUAAUGGAAAUUAUGGAAUAAUAUUAUUGAAAACAGCUUUCUUGAUUCCAAGUAUAAUUUUGAAUGUAACCAUUUCUCCUAUAUCUCACAAACACUAGUGUACAUUUCGAGGAAUGUAAUAAAUAAUAUGUUACGAGCCCAUGAAACACUAUUGUUAUGUUAAGAUAUUCUAUACAGUUCUUGCUACAUGUAUUGAUCUUACUUUUUUGUGUUACGUUACAAAGCAUAAUAUAUUAUGAUGUUAAUUUGCAUUUUUGCAAAAUGAAAGAUGUAUUAAAUCUUGAAUGUCA